CAGGGCCAGCCCAGCAGCAUGCCGCUCUGGGGCAGGCACUCAGAUGCCCUGCUCCACUGCCCUGCUGGCUGCCGAGACUCAGGCCCAAGACCUGCCUUCUGAACCCUGAGCUGAUUCCAGUCAGCUCCAGUGUGACCUUGGGUGGAGAUGAAUAGCCGGGGGUGGGGUGUCCCCCAUGUGUGCAGGCUUGCGGCAUUGUGUGCAGGUUGGUGCCUGGAUCCUGGACACUUGAAGAUCCCGUCUGGCACCAAGUCCUGUCACUAUUCCAGCACCUCUGCUGACCUGUGAUGGACAACUUCCAGUACAGCGUCCAGCUCAGUGACCAAGACUGGGCUGAGUUCUCGGCAACUGCUGAUGAGUGUGGCCUCUUGCAGGCUGGCCUGGCUUCUGGGGACGAGCUCUUUUCCAGUGACAUUGACCAAGGGGACAGCAGUGGCAGCAGCCCACCUGGGCGCCCACCCCUUCUCACUGUGCAGCUGGCUCCUGGGGGAAACAGCUGGCAGGCUUGUGAAGAGAACAGUGUGGCCACCUGGCAGCGGGUCAGUAGGUCUCAGUGUGAGCCUGUCCUGGCUCUGGGGGCCAGUAAGCAGGCAGCUGGCACGUCCACACCAUCUGAAGCUCUGCCUUCCCUCAACUCAAGCCCAGCCCCUCUUGAUCAGCGCUGCUCAUUUCCAGAGUCAGUAGAUUCCAGUGACACGAUGCAGAGGCUUCUGCAGGGCCCUUCUCCCAGCCCCCCUGGUGAGCACCCCCAGAGUUCUGAAUGCCCUGGCCACAGUGUCAUCUCUCAAAAGCCCCCGGACAAUCCUGGAACCCCUCUGCGGAGCCCUGGCCGCAAGAAGAGGCGUAGUAUGGGGACCAAGGGGGGCGGACACUUGGAGGCCUCAGGGCCUGCUCUGGUUCCACCAGGCUCUCCCAAACUCCUUGAGGCCAGGCCUGAGGAAGGCCAUGGCCUGGAUGGGUCCAGAGGGGAGGGGCUUGGGGCUGGCACAGCAAAGACAAUGGUAGGAGCCCAGCAGAACAAGUCUCAGCCAGACUCUGCCCAAGCUUUCUCUACACCUCUUCCUGUAACUGAGCCAGGUGCAGAUCAGUUCAGAAUGACCCCCAGAGCUGAGCUACACAGAGCUUCUGCACAUGUCCAGGGAGCUCAUUCAGAUGCUUCCAUGGCCAAGCCAGAUGAAGCCUUGUCUACGCCCAUCUCCAAGCCACAGCCUGAUAUGUCUGUGUCCAUACCCGUCUAUAAGCCUCAACCCUGUGUGGCCCUGUCUACACCCACCUCCACAUCUACACUGCACGUGGACCUACCUACUACAGGGUCAGUGGUCAAGCCAAAGAUGGAUUCACCUCUGCCUGUCUCCAUGGAUGUGACAAGCAAGGCUCUGCCCCACUCUGCUUCCAAGACUGAGUCUGAUGGGGUGACAUCUACACCUGUUCCUGGAGCUGAGGCUGCUGUGCCGUCCUGGGCCCCUGUUCUCCAAACUGGGGCUGGUAUGAUACAGACACAGAUGGCCGUGCCUCCAACCAGGCCUCAAGAGAAACCUGGAGGAGCUCCUGGACUUGCUUCAGGGGUGCCUUCCCCAGGCCCCAUCCCAACCCCCAAGAAGAAGAAAGUCCGAUUCUCCAUGGCUGUGCCCAGAUCUAAGCAACCAGGAUUAAGAGAGGCUACAGGCCCACCCUCAUUAGCCUCAGACACUGGAACAGCAGUGGGGGGCCGUGAGGGGUCUGCAGCCUGGGAUGCAGUGGUGGUUGGGCCCCGACACCCUCAGCCUCGAAUCUUGAAGCACUUGCCGCCCCCUGCUCCCUCUGCUUCUGCAGGGUCUAGAUCUGGGAGCUGCUUUGAGGUGACCCUCCCCGAGGCCUAUGAGUUCUUUUUCUGUGAUACCAUUGAAGAGGAGGAGGAGGAGGAGGGGGAGCAAAGGGGCAAGGAGGAGGGUGCCGAGCAGGAGGCAAUAGCCAGCCAGGCCACGGGGAAUGUCCAGUGGCCAGACAUCUGUGAAUUCUUCUUCCGGGACUGCCACACCCAGAGGUUGGGGCACCAGGGGAACUGCUCACUGGCCUCACCCCCAGGAGCUGACCCUGUACCAGCUGUGCCCCCUGGAGAUCCAGUGCCCUUCUCCAUCCCUGAGGCCUAUGAACACUUUCUUGGGGAGGACAGGUUUGGGGGCCUGCUGCCUCCCACUGCCCUUCUCCAGCUACAGAACUCAAAGCCCCCCAGGAACAUGGGGACAAGGACCCCUCCUGAGCCUGGCCCAGCUGUAGCAGAGGAACUGAGCCUGGCAGUCAGGCAGGCAGGAGAGCUCCGGCAUCCCCUCACCUCAUUUACCUUCAGUCAGAAUGACAUGUGCUUGGUGUUUGUAGCCCUUGCUACAUGGGCUGUAAGAACCUCAGAUCUGCAAACCCCGGAUGCUUGGAAAACAGUCUUACUGGCUAACAUUGGCACCAUCUCUGCCAUCCGCUACUUCCGCCGGCAGGCGAGGCGAGGGCGCAGCCCCAGCUCCAGCCCCAGCCGUAGCCCCAGCUCCAGCUCCUAGGACCAGGCCUGGUCUAGGAAGACUCAAGAUAAGAAGAUGAAUAGAGACAUUCAGGAUGAGCUGCUGCUUUCCUCGACCUAGGACCCCAGACUUCUACAGCAUGCAGGAGGGAGCCAGUGUCCUUGGUGCUGGCUCCCUUGGACUCCAUGUGAGGGUCCAUCCAGGGGCCACGGUCAAGGCCACUACCCAUACCUGAGGGGAAAGGAGAUUUGUAAUUCUGUGUGGGUAGGGGCUGAGCAGGGAGCUAGUUAAUAGGGUAGCAGGUUAGCAAAUAAAACGUAGGGCACCCAGUGAAAUUUGGAUUUUAGACAUGUACGAUGUGAGACAUUCUUGUACUAAGAAAUUUCUUGUUAAAAAAAUUCCGUGUUGUUUAUCUGAACUCUAACUAGGUAUCCUCUGUUUCAUCUGGUCAUGGAGGUAAAUGGGGUGUACUGCAGGAAAGGACCCUGGAAUUAGGAGUGUUAGAGAGCAGCAAGUCCCAUGUGAUCUGGUAGGGCUGGGAUGGGGAAAGGUUGCAUCAAAGGUGGCAGGAGGGGUUUUCCAGGGAUUGCGCCUUUUGCACAACAGCCUAGCUUGGAAAGAGCCUUACAGGGCCCUCUGAACUCCAAGCCUUGAGGUUUAUAGCCAAGGGGUUAGGGUGUCAGCUGGAGUCAAUAAGCAAAUACCUAGAAGAUACCUCUGAGGCAGCUCCUGCAGUCCCUACAGGGUAGGGCAGUGGGCAGGGUCUGGUUCCUCUGAGAAGCCCUAGUCAAGGGUAUAGACAGAAAAUGGGCUCAGGUGGAAGGACUGAGCUCUUGGUAUGGUCCCAGGAGUCAGAGACGGAUGAAGAGGUGGGUGAAGGACCCAAGCAGAAAGAGCAGUAAGUGGACGCAGCAGGCAGCACACAGGAUCCCCAGGACAGUAGGAAUCCCUAGCUGCUCAACAGAGAACACAGACACACAGAAUCAAUAAAAUCUCUCCUUUCUUGUU